AACAGAAUGAAACCUGGACUUAGAAAAUAUGUCUGUGAUCUCACACUGGACCUAAACACAGUAGACAGACUCCUCUCUCUGUCUGAGGAGAACAGAAAGGUGACAUGUAUGAGAGAGGAGCAGCCGUAUCCUGAUCACCCAGAGAGAUUUGAGGACUGCAGACAGGUGCUGUGUAGAGAGGGUCUGACUGGGCGCUGUUACUGGGAGGUAGAGUGGAGUGGGAGAGAGGUUGAUAUAGGAGUGACAUAUAAAGGAAUCAGCAGGAGAGGAAGGGGUGAGGACUGUUGGCUUGGAUGGAAUGACAAGUCCUGGAGUCUGUUCUGCUCUGACUACAGUUACAUUGCCAGGCAUAAUAAUAACUCCACUACCAUAGACGUCCCCUCCUCCAGCUGGUAUAAUAAUAACUCCACUACCAUAGACGUCCCCUCCUCCAGCUCCCACAGAGUAGGAGUGUAUCUGGACUGGUCAGCCGGCACUCUGUCCUUCUAUAGAGCCUCCUCUGACACACUGACCCACCUGAUCACAUUCACCUCCACAUUCACUGAGCCCCUCUAUCCAGGGUUUUGGGUUUAUGAUGAAUCCUCAGUGUCCCUGAAAUAAUAACUGGACACUCACACGUGACAGGCUUGUAGACGCCACUCAAUCCACCCAAAACAACAUGCAGUCUUUCCACAAGACUCCCAUGAAGUUAUAGUGUGACGUUAUGAGUCGACGUUAAAGUAACAUUCUCACAACAUACUGCACUUGUUUUAUCCUGUUUUAGAUGUAUCCUCUGUUUAAACAUUUAAACUCUUACAAUAACACUGUUAAAAUACCAAUGUGAUCAUUUCUUGUCUUUUAUGUUGGA